ACGGCAGGGCAGGGGCGGCGGCGGGCUGGGGUGUAGGCGUCACCUCCCCGCGCGCCCCGCGGGUCGUGCGCUCCGGUCUCCCGGUUGGACAGGCGGGGGGCGGGGGAGACCAGGGCUCGCAUCUACCCAGAUCCAAGCAAAAAAUAGCAGGGAGGGCGAGGCGCUCUGCUAACACUAUCAAUUAUGCAUCGUGUUGAACGUGGCUUCGGGGAGGAGGCUGCUAGUGGGGAGGGGGGUGCGGGAAGGAAGGGUCCGCGCGCGCCCGGCUGCGCGCAGCUCAGCAGGUCCUAGUUCAGGUCCGCCGGCGGCGCGGCCCGCGUUUGCAGAAAGAGUUUAAAGGCAAAGACACGCCCCCCCCUCCGGUCGUGCGCCUCGCCUUCCCCCAAAUUCCUCAAAGAUGGUUUGUCUCACGUGUUGCUGGGCGUAAAAGCGGCUGGCAUUCAAUUAGCAGCGAAGCUCCCCGGCCCCGGCGGGACCCGCGCGUGAGGCAACAGAUGUGGAAAGCGCCCUUGGGUAGUGGCCUGGCCCCCAGACCUCCCGUCCGGAGCAGGGGUUGCAGCCCGAGGGCAGCGAGCGGAGGGUCGGCGAGCAGCGGCAGAUUCCGCGAUGGUGCCUGUGCGGGCCCUGUGGCUGGCCUGGGCUCUGCUAGGAGUGGCUGCAGCGUGCCCAGAGCCUUGCGCCUGCGUGGACAAGUACGCGCACCAGUUCGCCGACUGCGCGUACAAGGAGCUGCGCGAGGUGCCCGAGGGACUGCCGGCCAACGUGACCACGCUUAGCCUGUCCGCCAACAAGAUCACAGUGCUGCGGCGUGGGGCCUUCGCCGACGUCACCCAGGUCACGUCGCUGUGGCUGGCCCACAAUGAGGUGCGCACGGUGGAGCCGGGCGCGCUGGCGGUGCUGAGCCAGCUCAAGAACCUCGACCUCAGCCACAACCUCAUAUCCAGCUUUCCGUGGAGCGACCUGCGUAACCUGAGCGCGCUGCAGCUGCUCAAAAUGAACCACAAUCGCUUGGGCUCGCUGCCCCGGGACGCCCUUGGGGCACUGCCCGACCUGCGCUCCCUGCGCAUCAACAACAACCGCCUGCGUACUCUGGCUCCUGGCACCUUCGAUGCCUUGAGCGCGCUGUCGCAUCUGCAACUGUAUCACAACCCCUUCCACUGCGGCUGCAGCCUCGUGUGGCUGCAGACCUGGGCCGCAAGCACCAGGGUCUCCUUACCCGAGCCCGACUCCAUUGCGUGUGCCUCGCCUCCGGCGCUGCAGGGGGUGCCGGUGCACCGCCUGCCCGCCCUGUCCUGUGUCCCACCCAGCGUGCGGCUGAGUGCGGAGCCGCCGCCUGAGGCUCCGGGCAGCCCGUUGCCCGCGGGCCUGGCGCUCAUGCUCCACUGCGUCGCGGAAGGACACCCCACACCCCGCCUCCAAUGGCAACUUCAGAUCCCGGGUGGUACCGUAGUCUUAGAGCCUCCCGUCCGGAGCGGGGAGGACGAGGGGCUUGGGGCAGAGUACAGGGAGGAGGAAGGAGAUGGGGACGGGCCGACCCAGACGGAGGCCCCAACCCCCACUCCAGCACCCGCGUGGCCCGCACCUCCAGCCAACCCCCGAUUCCUGGCCCUCACCAACGGUUCCCUCUUGGUGCCCCUCCUGAGUGCCAAGGAAGCGGGCAUCUACACCUGCCGUGCCCACAAUGAGCUGGGCGCCAACUCCACGUCCCUCCGCGUGGCGGUGGCGGCUGCUGGCCCCCCCAAGCACGCUCCCGGCGCUGGGGGAGACUCUGAAGGGCAGGCCCCUGCUUCUGAGCGCAAGUCCACAGCCAAAGGCCGAGGCAACAGCGUUCUACCGUCCAAGCCCGAGGGCAAAGUCAAAGGCCAAGGCCUGGCCCGGGUUGCCCUCGGGGAGGCGGAGGCGGGGCCGGAGGAGGAGGAGGCGGAGGCAGGUGAGGGGGAGGAGGCGGAGGACCAGGUCUCCGCGCACCCAGUGGAGGAGCAGCGCUGCGGCCACGGGGACCCCUCGCGGUACGUGUCCAACCACGCGUUCAACCAGAGCUCGGAGCUCAAGCAGCACGUCUUCGAGCUGGGGGUCAUCGCGCUGGACGUGGCGGAGCGCGAGGCUCGGGUGCAGCUGACGCCGCUGGCGGCGCGCUGGGGAUCCGGGCCCGGGGGCCCCGGGCGGCCCGGCCGGAGGCCGCUGCGCCUGCUCUACCUGUGUCCAGCCGGGGGCGGCGCGGCCGUGCAGUGGUCGCGCGUGGAGGAGGGGGUCAACGCCUACUGGUUCCGCGGCCUGCGGCCCGGCACUAACUACUCCGUGUGCCUGGCGCUAGCAGGGGAGGCCUGCCACGUGCAGGUGGUGUUCGCCACCAAGAAAGAGCUGCCCUCCCUGCUGGUGAUCGUGGCGGUGAGCGUGUUCCUCCUGGUGCUGGCCACCGUGCCCCUGCUGGGCGCCGCCUGCUGCCACCUCUUGGCCAAACACCCAGGUAAGCCCUACCGUCUAAUCCUGCGGCCACAGGCCCCUGACCCCAUGGAGAAACGCAUCGCCGCCGACUUUGACCCGCGUGCCUCCUACCUCGAGUCCGAGAAAAGCUACCCCGCUGGAGGCGGGGCAGACGCGGGGGGGCCAGAGGAGGCCUCCGGGGAGGGCCUGGACGAAGACGCGGAGCAGGGGGACCCAGGCGGGGACCUGCAGAGGGAGGAGAGCCUGGCGGCCUGCUCGCUGGCGGAGUCCCAGUCCAAGGCCAACCAAGAGGAGUUCGAGGCGGGCUCCGAGUACAGUGAUCGGCUGCCCCUGGGCGCUGAGGCGGUCAACAUCGCCCAGGAAAUUAAUGGCAACUACAAGCAGACGGCAGGCUGAACCCCCAGCGCCGAGGGCCCGCCCAUUCCCGUCCCCCACCUUGGGUGCCCGGAGCAGAAGCCCCGGGCUGGCAGGGCGCUGCCCACCCCCACCCCGUCCUGCAACCUUCACUUAUUCCGCCCCUUUACCAUCCCCGACCUUCACUACCGGGGACCUCUAGUGGGGAGGGGGACGACUUCACCGGUCCCUGGCCCCCCACUACCUGGCGGACCCAGUGCCCCUCCGUGGCAAGCACAGUACCCGCGCUGCCCUCCCUCUGACACCCCACCUGCCGCCCCUGAAGCCAUGUCCGCGCCUCUCCAUUCCCACCGCAAUUGUUAUCUGCAAAGUGUGAUGCUCCUGCCUGCCGUGGGCCCUGGAACCCGAGGAAACCGAGGCGACGUGGGGAGCGUCUGGUGGCAACGCUGCGGCCAGGGGUCAGCCCGGACCCUAAGCAGAAGCCCCUUGCGCGGAGCGCUGCAGGGUCCCGCCUGGACCCCCACUCCGUCCUUUCUGGGGUGCACGUCCCAGAAGCCAGGACUUUGGUGGCAACUCCCUAGUCUUAGUUUGGAAGCCCGCUUCCGACCGGGGAAGCAAACCCUUCGGUGCCCCCAUCCCCCCAACCUGCUGACGGGCUGGAGCCCAGCCCGGUUCCUGGGGCGCCUUUCAGCUCCGCCUCCGAUUUUCAUAUUUUCGUUGUGUUUUUUUGUUUCUGUUUUUGUCCCCCCGCCCCCAAAGACAGCGACACUCCGGGUCUGGUGCUAACACCCCCUUCCCAGCCCCUGGGACGCGUGGGGGAACCCCAUUCUCUCCCUCCUCCUCCUAACUUAAGGCGCCGCGGAGCCGCGGGCUUGGUCCUGGGGGAGUUUCGUUGUGGGUGAGUUGGGGUCCCGGCGCUCGGAGCUCUCCACCUCCACCUCCGCUGCUGCCCGCAGCCCAGACCUGCUUUUCCAGGUUGGGGGAGGGGGGUGCAAAGGAAGUCCAGGGCGGUCCCCGGGCCGCGCCCCAGGUCGCAGCACAAAGCCGAGCGCGCCGGGCGGCGGGAUGCGGACCAGAGAGGCUCGGUCCUGGGCCACCCGCCCCCCUCCCUCCCGGCGACUAGUCCUAUAGCCGAGCGAGCUCCGUAGCAGAAGUCUGUGUUCCGUAAAGUGUGACCGUGUAGUGUAGGGGGG